AUGAGUCCAGCGGCCAUCGGCGGUCCCCCCCAUUUGCGAGCUACUUCGAUCAAUGGAUUUGGGUCGAUUAAUAUGACCAACACAACAAAGAGAGAUGGGAUUAAUGGUAUCAGCACUUCGAAGGGUGACAGUCGAGUACUACCGCAUCUGGACGAUUUGGUAAAUGCGAAGCCACUCGUCGAUAGCCAGUCCUCAUUACGAAAGUUACUGGAAGCUGGUGAGGCGGCUGCGAAACAAGCGGAAACAUGGCUCGACUUCAAACGGCCGGAAUUAGCUCUCAAAGAGUACAUCGUAGCUUGUACAAUAGCUGUGGAGUAUAUUCCCCAUAGUCCGGAUUAUCCCGACCUAAGAACCAAACCGGAUUACCCUCGACUAUACGCUGGCUUGCGGAAACGGCUUAAUACACAACACCCCAAAUUCGAGGAAGUUAAGCAGUUGAUCAAAGAGGACAAUGCAAGAAGCGGAAUCAGCCCCUCCAACCCACCCCUAAAUAAUGGCCACCUCAUUCCAGGCAAUAGUAACAAUAAUGGAUUCGAGCCCACCGCAUCUGAUGUAUAUAGCAAUGCGACCGAUGGAAAACUUGACGCUAUAAAUAUCCUAAGGGGAACUGAAAGUCGUUCAAAGCCGGCUAUACAGCCGAAACCACAAGGGCUUCAUGGCAAGUCGAUACAGACGACAAGCAGUAUAUCCUCCAGUCUGCCUAUCUCAUCUGAGAAUGACUUGGCCGCACGAUUCGCCCGUUUAAGGAGUUUAAAUAAUUCAACUCUUAUUCAAGAUCCUAGGAUCCGGACCCAACAUAUUACUAUUCCAGAUGAAAUCAUAGUCGAUCGAAGAUCUGCUAAUGCAGUAGCACCGCCUAAGCAAAAUACGAGCGUUUUGCGGCCUCUCGGUCCAAGGGAGAUGCCAACAAGUCCAGCAAUUCUUCUCAAGUCAGAAAAGCCGACUCUUGAUAUGGAUACUAAAGUUCCAGUGAUGCCAAGGAUGCCGGAUGCGAUCUAUAGUCCAGCACGUAGCGCAGACGUGGUCUUGACCAACAGUCAACCCCCAUUGAUAUCUCGGGGGUCCUCGUACCCCAAUGGGAGAAGAGAGCCCUUAGUUUCAACCCCGAAAAUGAAUCGUAAUCGAAUGGUGGUUGAUGAUGCAAUGGAUCAUUUUUCGACUUCUGAGGUCAAUAACUACACAUUUGAUCAUCAUGGUCAUCCUGAGCCUGAACUCCCGAAUAGCAAACUAUCAAUACCCAAUACGAUAACUGUUACUGCCGAGCAACUCUAUGAUUUUCUCAAAAUGGGCUCUAAUACCUUGAGUCUUCUACUCGUUGAUAUUCGAAGUAGAGAAGAAUUUGACGAAGGGCAUAUCAUGUCUUCGUCAAUUAUCUGCAUUGAACCUAUAUCUCUACGGAAAGACAUGUCCGCAGAGGAUCUCGGAGAGAGAAUCGUGCUAUCUCCUGAGUCGGAACAGAAGUUGUACGACCAGAAGCAUACAUUUGAUUUAAUAGUAUGUUACGAUCAAUCAUCGACGUUGACAAACGUGGAACAAACUCCAGUUGAACUCUUGAACCAUUUGCACUACUUCAGUAAGAUUAUCUACGAUCAUGCUUACGAUCAUCGAUUGAAGCGCCGACCGAUGUUACUUGCUGGUGGUCUAGACGCUUGGGUAGACCUCGUUGGAUCGGGCGCGUUGCAAAGCGCAAUUCCUGACAACAAAUCUCCGGUGAAAAUUAAGAGACAUGAUAACCAGGCUUUGGGUAGAGUCUCUAUAGCACGUGAAGCUCGGAGAGGUCUGGUCACGAAGAGAACAGCCCCUAGAUCACGGACUCUAUCAGCGGCAGAGGAAGAACAAUGGGAUAAGGCGAUAAAACACUAUGCUGAGGAUGAAGAUGCUGCACCCGUCGAAGGAAUAGCUAUGGACGAAUCGUAUUAUGCCAGAACGACCGAGGAAUUUAUGAGAAGAUACCCAGAACUUCCAUCAGUCAAACAAUCUAUGGCUAUGGCUUCGCCAUCCAUGCCGAGGUCAUUGCCUCUCUAUGAUGGAUCAAUGAUUUCAACCCCGCCAACUCGACCGCCACCAGCUUUGCCAAGGCAGAGAUCUAAUGGUGUUUCUGAGAAAACGCUCUAUAAGAGCUAUGCCAUGACAGGAGGAAAUUCCAGCGCUCCUUCUCCCAUAGACCCCGGCCUCUGUGGUUUGAGAAACAUCACAGGCAGUCUCUGUUACAUGAAUGCUGUCCUCCAGGCAAUUAGUGCCUCGCCAGCAAUCAGGAAUACGUUUAUCAGAUUCCAAUAUCCUUGCCAACCUGAAAUUCCGAGAAAGCAGGGCGAAAACAGCCCCCCAAGGCUAUUGAUGACCCGGGCUCUGCGCAGUUUGCUACAACACAUGUGGUGUGGAAAAUAUGAAGAAAUUGUUCCAAGAAUGUUUCAACAAUACGUACAUGCAACUGCUGCUAGCCAAGAAGGUCACAUAGGCGCCAACCCCGAUUAUCAUAGUGAAAAUGAGCACCGACCCGAUACUACUUUUGGGACCUCAACACAACAUGAUGCCAAUGAGUUUGUGCAAUGGCUUCUUGAUAUCCUUUUGGAUGAACAGAACCCCCACCGCGAUAGAAUAGGAUUUGGUAAUUCGGGGUUUUCAGUGGCGGAAGACAGUCAACUUCCAAGAACCCAAAAUUGUCGCCAAGGAUAUGAAAGGGCUCUUGCACUUUCGGAUUCGACCCUUUCAAGACUGAUCAGCAGUCAAUACAUGAACGAAUCAAGGUGCCACAACUGUGGCGACGUAUACGUGUUUUCGGAUUUCUUGUCUCCCUUGAUAUACAUAUCGAUCGACGAGCAAAAGGGGAAAAGACAAAACUUGCAUCAACUGCUUCAGGACUUAUGUCUGACAGAAGAAAAGAAUGAUAUCGAUUGCGAUUCGUGCGGCACUAGAAGAAGUUCUACGAAAAGCAUGAAGAUUCUCUUUUCUAAUCUCCCGGAUUACCUUUUUAUUCCAUUGAAAGUAUCUCAGCUAGCUCGUGGAGGGCCGAAUAUCAAGUCAGAAGUUCAAAUAGAUUUCCCAGAGGUUCUUGAUAUGGGAAAGUACACAUGGUUAUCAGAGAAAGAUGGCUUCUCAGAACGACUUCUUGCAAAGCAGAAACCUCCAUUCUUAUACGAUUGUUAUGCAGUCAUGCAGCAUAGUGGAAACCCUCGUUCUGGACACUACUGGACAUUGGUUCGUAGGGUGGAUGCGAAUAAUCAAUGGACGAACGAAUGGCACGAUUUCAAUGAUGGCUGGAUUACAUCGGGUAAAACGUUUGCUGACACACAAAAUUCCUUUACCGUUAUGAUUCUAUACCGCCGUCAAGGCGCUGCUUGA